GCGGCGGAGCAGAUCCUGUCGGACGCCGACGACCCAGCCGCGCUGGCCGGCACCUUCGUGCAGCGCCAGCUCGGGGCCAUGCUGCAGCCCGCGGUCAACAAGUUCUCGCUGCGCAUGUUUGGCAGCCACAAGGCGGUGGAGCUGGAGCAGCAGCGGGUGAAAUCUGCCGGGUCCUGGAUCAUCCACCCCUACAGCGACUUCAGGUUUUACUGGGACCUCAUCAUGCUGCUGCUGAUGGUGGGAAACCUGAUCAUCCUGCCCGUAGGCAUCACCUUUUUCAAGGAUGAGAACACACCACCUUGGAUUGUCUUCAACGUGCUUUCAGACACCUUCUUCCUGGCCGACCUGGUGUUGAACUUCCGCACGGGCAUCGUGGUGGAGGACAACACGGAGAUCAUCCUGGAUCCGCACACCAUCAAGAUGAAGUACCUGAAGACCUGGUUCCUGGUCGAUUUCAUCUCCUCCAUCCCUGUGGAUUACAUCUUCCUCAUUGUCGACCUGGAGACUCAGGUGGACUCCGACGUCUACAAGACAGCACGGGCCCUGCGCAUCGUGCGCUUCACCAAGAUCCUCAGCCUGCUGCGCCUCCUGCGCCUGUCCCGCCUCAUCCGCUACAUUCACCAAUGGGAGGAGAUUUUCCACAUGACCUACGACUUGGCCAGUGCCGUGGUGCGGAUCGUUAACCUCAUUGGCAUGAUGCUGCUGUUGUGCCACUGGGACGGCUGCCUGCAGUUCCUGGUGCCCAUGCUGCAAGAUUUUCCUGAGGACUGCUGGGUCUCCAUCAAUCACAUGGUGAACGACUCCUGGGGGAAGCAGUACUCCCAUGCCUUGUUUAAGGCUAUGAGCCACAUGCUCUGCAUCGGGUACGGCCAGCAAGCUCCGGAGGGGAUGACCGACGUCUGGCUCACCAUGCUCAGCAUGAUUGUGGGUGCCACCUGCUACGCCAUGUUCAUUGGCCACGCCACUGCCCUCAUUCAGUCGCUGGACUCCUCUCGCCGGCAGUACCAGGAGAAGUACAAGCAGGUGGAGCAGUACAUGUCAUUCCACAAGCUGCCUGGGGACACGCGCCAGCGGAUCCAUGAGUACUAUGAGCACCGCUACCAGGGCAAGAUGUUUGAUGAGGAGAACAUCCUCGGGGAGCUGAGUGAGCCUCUCAAAGAGGAAAUCAUCAACUUUAACUGUCGGAACCUGGUGGCCAACAUGCCGCUGUUCGCCAGUGCCGACCCCAGCUUUGUGACAGCCACGCUGACCAAACUGCACUUCGAGGUCUUCCAGCCUGGGGACUUCAUCAUCCGCGAGGGCACCGUGGGCAGGAAGAUGUACUUCAUCCAGCAUGGCGUGGUCAGCAUCCUCACCAAGGGCAACAAGGAGACCAAGCUGUCCGAUGGCUCCUACUUCGGGGAGAUCUGCUUGUUGACGCGGGGGAGGCGGACAGCCAGCGUGCGUGCCGACACCUAUUGCCGCCUCUACUCGCUCUCGGUGGAUAACUUCAACGAGGUGCUGGAGGAGCACCCCAUGAUGCGUAGGGCCUUCGAGACCGUGGCCAUGGACCGCCUUGACCGCAUUGGUAAGAAGAACUCCAUCCUCCUGCGCAAGCUAGCAGAGCACAGCUCGGGGGCUAUGAACAAUGAGAUGAUCCAGCAGAUCGUCAAGCACGACCGGGACAUGGCCCACAACAUCCAAGACCUGCAGCAGAUGGCAGUGGGCCGGGAGUUGAGUGGCAAGCCAGUUAUUUGGGAGCCUCUGGUGCAUGCACCACUGCAAACGGCAGCUGCCACCACCAACGUGGCCAUUGCCUUGACUCACCAGCAGAGCCUGCAGGCCCACAUCUUCCUGCCACCCUCCUCCAUCUCCAGCCCACUCUCGCCUGAGGCCACCCUGCUCACCAGGCAAGUGCGCAGGUCCCAGCCCAGCCUAGGGGGGGGCUCCCGGCCUUCCUCAGUGAGCUCCCAGUCCGGUGUACAGUCCCACCUGCAGACGCCUGCAGCCAACUCCCCUUCAUCCCCCAUGGUCCAGUCCCAGUCGCCUCUGGAAAGGGGGGGGCAGAAAGCUGGCCAUGUGGGACUGCCGCAGCCAAGGCUGGUGCAGAAGGGAGAGCCCCUGGCCAUAGCAAAGCAGCCCCUGACGGACUCCCAACCCCAGCUGUCCAAGUCCCGAGGCACCUCAGUUUCCACGUCACUUCUUCAGCAGCCAGCAGGGGCUCCAUCCCCCAGCUCUGAGCAGAUGCUCCCAGCAGGGAGAACUCUCCACUACAGCCUGUCCCGAGCCACUGGUUCCCACAUCUCUCUGCUGAUGCAGCCGCAGCAGCUGGUGAAGCACAGGAGCAUCCAGGGCCUACCCAUCGGGAGGCUCACCCAGGACGUCCGGCUCCUGUCGGCAUCUCAGCCAUCCCUGCCCAAUGAAGUCGCCCAGCAAGUGGACAGGAGUUCCUCCCAUCAGGGCAGAAAGUCAGCGGGGAACCUGGCUCACAGGUCAUCUCCCUCAGUAGUUGGACUCACCAAGCCACCCCCUGGGGUUCCAGGCCAGCCAGCACACCCGCAGCAGAUGCCUUCAGGAUCUUUGGUCCAAUCCAGCCGGCCCGUGAGCGGAGUGUCCACCCCGCAGUCUCCCGUCUCCGUGCCCAGGCAUGCGGCAUGCCCCUCCCGCAAGGGUUCCGUGGCAUUCAGUCCUGAGGUGGAAAGUGGGAAGCCCAAACUCCCGUCCAACAUAUGAGAGCCCAGGGCUGUGUCCAAGCGUGGAGGAGAGAGGAGUGAGCUCUCUGGAGAGCCGUGCUCCUGGGGCUGUUGGACAUAGGUCUGGGGCAGGGAGAAAGGGGGACAGCCUCCACCAGGCCCCCACCCCGGGCUGAGGCUGAGUGGGGAAGGAGAGGAGAUGGCCAGGAAUGACCACCUACCACAGACACCGACUCUGCCAGAGUCAUGUGCCUGGCCGCACGGAAGGCUCUGCCCAGGGGUCGUUCUGGGAUUCCCCUGACUCCACUGAGGACAGGAAGCCACUAAAAGGCUUCCCCCAUCUGCUCCCCAUAGCAAGGGGGCAGCAGGGCCAUGGGCUGGGCUGACUCCAUCAGUGCACUCUGCCUCUCCCUGGGAACACUAACCUUGUAAGGGGACCCUGCCCCUACUCUGUCCCCUCACUCCACCCGCUCCCAAGGGGCCCAGCCCCUGCGCCGCUGGGGUGAGCAGUGUUAGGAAGGCACUCGGCAGAUCCUUCCACUCGUGUUAGGAAAUUCUCCCAGCCCCUCCACCUUGCCCAUCCGUCAGCUGCGUCCCCACAAUGGCCUGCUUGAAGCCUUUGCCCUGUGGGGGAGGCAGGGGGAGGGGGAUAGGGCCAGAGCCCCAUGGUGAGGCCUUUCCCUUCACCCACAGCAGGGGACAGAGUGAGGUGGAUGGACCCCAUGGAGAGGCCUUUGCACUGGGGGAGGGCAGAGCAGGAGGGAGGUGGGGGGCUGCAAGGUUGCUGAGAGACUGACAUCCCCCUCACUCCAGCUCCCAAGCCUCUGUACCCAGAGGAGGAUGCCUGGGGCCCCAUGGCGCUGGCUACCAUGGCCAACCCAGGAAGCCAAGAUGAAUCCAUCCAGCACCCUGUGGUCCCAAGCAGCUCCGAGUCCCCAGGACUCCAGGUGUCUCCCCUCUCUCCCCCUCAUCCCCAGCUGGUCUAGUCUGAGAGGCCACACAGAUCCUCAUUCGCUUGGCCUCCGCCCCCAGAGGCCUGGCAAGUCACUGCCACUUGUGAGCAUGUCUCAGCUGCCCCAUCUCUCCCAUAGGUGACUUUAAAUGUGUGCAGCAGGAGCCCAUGUGAGUGCCUCUAGCCUAGAAAACGCAGUUCCCUGGGAAGGGAGGCAUGUCUCAUCCCUCAGUGCUCCGAGCACCUGGUUGUUAUAGUCAGGUGGUCCCUGUAGAAAGUGGAAGAUCUGGACCCAGCAGAAUGGGGCCAUGGGCCAGGGCUGUCCUGGCUGUAACUGUCUGGGCUGGAUUUGAGCUGGUGGGUUCCCUCCAUCUCACAGCUCCUGGCCUGCCCUGGGUCCAGGAGGCUGCCUCUGAGGACAUAGGCCCAGUGUUGGCUUCCCUAAGAGGCUUGUUCUUGGUAUCCGUGGCUGGUCAGGAGAUGAUUAAAUCAGCCCCCCUUGGUGCAAGGAACCAGACCUGGAAAUGCAAAAGCUGAAUAGAAACAUCCCAAGGUCCCCCAGGACCUGUGCUGGGUGGCCGUAGGUGAUGUCCGUUCCUAUGAGACAGGCUCUGAUGGAUGUUCUGGGAGCCUUGGGGCAGCCAGACCCAGAGACCUGACUGAAGGGCCUCCUUGGCUGGGUCUUGUCCCCUACACUGUAUUGAGGCAAGGAGCACAGGCUGCAGUUCAGGGCUCUCAGCAUCAUCCUGAGAUGUGCAUUUCUCACUAGGCAUGUUCUUGGCAGACCAGAUGGUUUCCUGCCCCCCUCUUGGGGGAAGGGACUUGCAAACGAGUUUCGCUACCUCUGCUCUCGACUGCUAGCUCUUGCACCCCCGGAGGGUCUUUGAGAGCUGGGCCACAGGGUCUCUCUCCUCUUACCUCGCAGGCUGGUGCCCGUUGCCUGGGGUUAGUCUGAGUGAGCAGCAUUGUCCCAGGGAGUUGGGUGUCAGGAAGGGUUGGUCCCCACCCCGUCCAUAGUCAAGUCUUUCUAAAGACCCACCCCCAGUUUCUUUAAGUCAGUCCAAGAUGCUCUUUGUCAGCAUUAAAGUGACUCCAGGGAGAUUGCAGAGGAGAUGCUCACGUCCCCCCACCCCAAGCUUGUCAAUCACGCCCCAAUCAUUGCCUGGAUCUCAGCUUGAAGCAAUGUUGCUUCCUGCACUUGUAGCCUCCCCAGGGGGAGGAUUCUGCGACCCUGUACAGAAGGGUUGGGAUUUUCGGGGAGUCUCCUGGCUCAGCCCGAGCUGCCCCUCUCCAGGAACCAGUAGUUAGCAAUGUGUGUGCGAGUCGUGGCUCUGCUAAGCAGCUGAAUUCUGCUUACGGUGUUGCUUUUGGGUCCAAAAGUGUUACUGAUUCGGGUUAGAGUAGUGCCCCCCCCCCCCACAACUCCGCUGUGCUGUAUAGCUUCUUUCCACUACCAGUCAGGAAAAUCGUAUCUUGUAGUCCCCGCUCUGGGAGCACUGACUGUCAACAAUAUGGAGCUCAGCCCUGUAGGUACCUGUGCUAGACGCAAUAGGCCCAGCCGUAGCUAGGCACAGUGUUGGACUAGGGGUUCUGUCCGUACAAUACUUCUUAAAGGUAAGUUGUUCAGUUCUUCUCUUUAUUCGUAUUUUGGGAUGUUGGGACCAGAGUCUUCACUGCAGGACAAGGAGCGGGAGCUCAGCCCUUGGCAGAGUUCAGUCCAGUGGGAAUCACUUUAAUGCCUGUAUUGGAGGGAGUAUUCAGCACUGCCUUCUCAUGGACUUGAGUGUCCUUUCUCUCUGUCCCUGCCUCUCCCCCCUUCCACUUGGCCCCGUGUGUCUGUCCCAGCAGCUCCUCUGGAAGGGGCCUGCAGUCAGGUCACUUAGAUUCAAACAUUCCAGGAUCUUAUUGUUUACACUACAUAAUGUAGAGACAUUUGUAACAAUUGUAGGAUUCCAUUGAGAGGAAGAGUGCCAAGGUGUGGGCUGGCCCAGGUGGCAACCGCAGAGCCGUGGCCCUCUUUCCACAGCAUCUGGAACCUUUCUGAUCUUUCCAGAGAGGAAACCAUCCUCUGUGUGGCUGUGGCGCCCUGCGACUCUUCCCCUGCAGGUUCCCUGUCAUUGCUAACCCCGGGCAGCCCUGCUGCUGAGAGCGCCAGUGUUCACGGUGCUCUGGGUAACCCCAGCACAGUACCACUGUGCUGCCCAGCCUUGUUCUAAGCAGGGUUACAAAUGUGGCAGCUGUGUCUGUCUGUGUCACCCCAAGGAGGUGGGGGGGCAUUAGAUGCAGCAGGACAUAGCUCCUGCCCUAGGGAGAGGCUGUCACUCCUAUCCAUAUUAGCAACGGGGGAAUCAGGGCUGGGGAGAGGCCACAGUAGAAGCACCCUGCGCGUGCGUGUGUGUGUGCGAGUCUAGUCACCAAAGACCAUGAUCCUUCACUUGCACUCACAGCAGUCUAUGUACAGAGCUUGUAGUUUUCAUAUUGCAGAGACUUUAAAAGCGUUUUUUAAUUUUUAGUCGUCGUACAUAACAGAUUUAAAUAAUAAAGAGCGACUCCAAGUUGGCAGCUAACUGCACCUCUGUCAAUAAAGCAGCUGCACCCAAUGAAAUGCUGCCCACCCCAUCACCUACUGCUGGGGUUAGAGAAGCCCCUAGCCCCUGCUCUCCAGCAGUCACAGCUCUAGAUGUCCUCCUGCCAGUGGCUUCUUUGGCCAUGGUGCCUAUUAGUGACACCAACCCAGAGAGAAGGCAGCCCCUUGUGCCCUUUGCUCAGGUGAUGCUGGGCAAGCACCUUGGUGCUGGCAGUUCAGGGUCUGCCUUGCUCUCUGGGACAGUUAAGAGUAAUUCUCAAAGCCCUUCAGCCCUGAUGAAAUUGUAAUGGGGCCUGGGCUCGUCCAGAGACUGCAAUGAAAUAGGACAAUGCUGCUUCCCUAGACCAAUGGCCCAUGCAAAUCCAAAUCUAGCUACUGGGAGGGGAUGGCACAUGGGGGGGGGG